AGCCGACAAAGAAGAUGAGAUUGCGAAGUAACGCGCUUAAUUAAUGAAAGUUUUUGUCGUCCGACCCGGUUCGUCUUUGAGUCUCAUCUCCUUUCACUCCCGAUAAUUGAUCGCGAUCAUUGCAGAUGUCAUUCUCUACGAAACUUGUUCGAACCGUGCUCGGUCUAUGGCCUACGAACGUUGCGAGUAAAUGGAAUGAUGAGUUGACGAAUGAAAAAUUUUUGGCCCCGUGAACCGAACGAAUUAAUUUUGCACGGGGUGUGAAAUUUUUAUGGAAAGGGCGGAAUAUUGUAUGAAAAUGAUCGAACCUAUGUUCACAAUAGUGAUGAACUUUUUGGUAAACGUUAUCAAUGAUUCUGCCGAAUAAUGGAAAUUCGAACUUCUCCGCGUGCUGAUAAGAAUCAGAUGAGCUCUGAGUAACCUUCGCGUAUCGCGUGGGUAUUCAAACAAAAGCUUUGAAUGUCGUUGCAGGCACACAAGGAGCGGCGUUAUCUCAUUACGAAUUCAUCGAGAUUUUAUCAUCGGCUGUUCAUAAUUUUUUGGCAAAUCUCCAAGCUAUAUCGUGGGAAUAUUUAUAUUGCUAAAGUUCGGCUUCUUACGAAGGAGAUAAUCCAACCCCAGAAAUGGUUCGCUCGUCAAUAUCGUCGUGACUAAAUAUUUCGUCCCGAAGAUACGAUGAAAUUGUCGGUGUAAUAUUUUCGACGAGAAAAAUGCUAACAACAAGAGAAUUCUUCAACGACGGUAUUCACAGUUGUAAAAUUCAAAUGCCUCAUUCGUAUGGAUCGGGUGCGUCAUUUUAUCAAAUUGUCGACAUGACUAACUAUGCGCGUGCCGUAUAACGCCGCUUUUUAUCGCCUUACCCUUUGCCGGAUAGAUCAGGACCGGAAGCCCAUGACGCAAUGACGGUCGUCCUCGGGAUAAAAAGUUGGGCGCCAGUCGGUCACCCGCUCGAUUUCGAGCCUCCCGAUUUAGCGAGCGAACUACCCGGAUAAAAUCGUAUGGAAGAAUCCAAGUUUGUCGAAAAAUAUAAUUGAACAGGAACGUAGGCCGGUAGUUGUACAAAUUUGAUUUCGAAUACGAGGAUAUUCGACGUAUAUUAGCAAUUGAUUUCUAUCGGCGGUGGAAUGAACGUCGUCGACGAAUCGUAUUUUUAUUCAUAAUUUAAUCAGGAUCUCCGAUUCAAAAUUUAUAAGCUUCGCGUUUCGCUGUAGCAAAUAUUGAGAAAGAAUUCGAGAUGUUCGGAGGGGUUGAAAAGCCGAGCAUCAGGCGCAAGCGCCGGAUGUCCUGGCGGCAAGCUUUUCCGAAGUUCUUCAGUGACGCGGUAGUCAUUGCCGCGAGGACUUAUGCCCGGACUGCUGCAAUUUCGCAUCGCGUGUACUCGCCCUCGUACGUACGCCAUGUGCAGUGUCAUAAUAUUAGAGAGAGAUUGAUACGAAGCCACGAAAAAAGUGACGAAUUCAUCCCAAGUUGACACGUUACUUGGAACACCACCCGAUGCGAACAGCUUUUAAUAAAAUAAAAUAAACCACGUUUCCCGCACACCGCCGAUCGUUGGUUUCGUUUUUAUUUUUUCGCAUGACGAACAAUUGAAACGAUAAUUUCAGGAUAUGUAGUUCGAGGCAUGGCGUGGGUAUCAUCGGCAGCCACCGACAUUAUCUCAAGGUGUUCAAAUUUUCCUCAACAUUUCGACGAAUAUCUCGAGGAAGGUGGUAUCUGUUGCGGUUGGCAAGGGGGUGUAACGUGUACCUGAAAACCGCGAGAGACAUUGAAUCAGAAAUUGGUUUUUUACGGUCGUAAUAAAAUAAGCAACGACAGUCACUCGGUUACAUUUCGAGGAUUGGAAAGAGCUCGUCGCGAGAUCGUCGCACGGCUGGAAAGCAAUUAUGUGAAAAGUGAAAAUAAACGGAGGUGAUAACGGCCCUCUACAGAAAACAACCCCGGUUUUGUUUUUUUUUCAAGACCUUUUUAAAUAAUUCAACGUCCGGCGUUGCUACGUCGCGUGAUUUUUAAAGCCACCGGCGAACGCGCGUUAAACAAUUUCCCUUAUUACAGACAGCGAUUCCAUACCGCCACGGAUAAUUAUUCGAAUCACUUUUUCAACUUCAACGCUCAACAAUCGCAUCGUCGCCGUACAUUUUCGCGUGAGCUACGAAUCGACCGCUGUCGCUGCCGAUAACGGGGGUCAAAAAUUCACCCCACCGAAUCGUCCCCGAUCGCCGUAAUGUUCAUCUCAACGAAAACCAGGGAUUUUCACGACGUGAAAAUAAGCCGAGAAUAAAAGAUAAGUCCGCCGAUGUAAAUUCUUCUGGUUAAAUCGACGUGAAAAUGAACUUCCUCAAAAGAAACUUUUCUGGAAUAUAACAGUCGGUAAAUUUUCGUAGCUCAAUAUGGUGAAUGAAGUGAUAACGGUGGAUAAAAAGUUGAUCGGAUGUCGGUGGAUGUUGGAUGUAUUCGGCGGUGGAGCAUGAAGGGUGUUACAACUCCGUCGUAACGAUGCAGCGAGCGGUCCUACUGCUAUGCUGGCUACCGUUCUUCCAUCAUUGCGAAGCCGUCAAUCCAGGUUGCUCCUGCGUUGUGUACAGCAGUUUGUACAGCCCACAAGGUGGAACAUUCACAUCGCCGGACUACCCGAAAAAGCUACCGUCCAAUUUGGACUGUCUUCUCUACACAUUCACCGGACAACCGGACGAAAUCAUCGAGCUGACGUUCCACCACUUCGACCUUCGCCGCGUGCACUCGGAUUGUUCCAAGGGAGAUUUUCUCAAGGUGUUCCUGCACUUGGAGAGCAAGGGUGUCUCCGAGUACACACCUUGGUCGGGACUUUUGUGCGGAGGGUUGGCUGACAUCCCGGCAAUCUUCUACAGCUCCGGACCAGUCCUUAUAUUUGAACUACACACGGAAGGAGGUCCUUCGACAAAUGCCACGGGAUUUACCGGCAAUUUUCGUUUCAUCGACAGACGAAUGUUCGAGACGGAUGGCCAGCUGAUCCCCGGAAGUAUGUGCGACCACGAAUUCGUCAGCUCCGCCCUCACGCCGCUACACGGACGUUUCUACUCGCCCCGCUAUCCAUCCUCUUACCCGAAGAACAUCCGGUGUUCGUACCGUUUCCGGGCGAGAUUGAAGGAAAGAAUCCGUGUGGUUUUCGAAGAAAUAGCGUUACAAAAAGGCGACAUCAGCUGCCUCAACAGAGCCGAUUUGAUCAGAGUGCACGACGGAAGAGGGACGACGGCGCCUUCGAUAGCUGUACUCUGCAACCAUGCCGCCGAAAUUGAGGUCCUCAGCACCGGGGCGGAUCUCUUCGUGGAAUUUGUCGCGAAUUCGAACUGGCCCGGACAGGGUUUUAAAGCCGUGUUCCAGUUCCAACCUCUCGACGAAUCGCCACCACCUUCCGAGUUGGACAAGGUCAUCCCUGGAACCGUCACGGGAGUUCCCAGGUACUCGGUGAUCGGACCAGCUGUCAGCGCAACGACGUCAUCGUGCGACUCGGUGUUCAGCAGCGAUCAGACGAAAGCUGGUUUCCUAACGUCCCCGGGAUACCCGAAUCCUUAUCCCCCGAGAUCGAACUGCAGGUACGACUUUCAAGGACGAGGCAAAGAGAGGGUGCAAGUCGUAUUCCACGAAUUUCAAUUGCAUUACACUUCGGACGAUCCAAAAGAAUGCAAUGAGAACAACGACGCGGUGGUAGCGUUCGUUCACAUCGAUGGAAAGUUGGAGAAAAUCGACACUUUUUGCGGGACGUCGAUACCGAUACCGUUGAUGAGCAACGGUCCGAAAUUGGUUCUGCAAUUUCAAGGAACCACCUCGGAUCGUCACGUCCGCGGUUUCAAAGCGUCCUAUUCCUUCACGGAAAAUUUCGGCAUCGCAACCGGGCGACAACUUCCCGAUUAUCCUUGCGCUUUCGCUUUCAACAGCAACGAGACGCGGAGCGGAACAUUCACCUCGCCGAACUACCCCGGUUAUUACCCCAGGGAUACGGAAUGCCAUUAUUUCUUCAAUGGUCAACAGAAGGAGCGGGUCCGCAUCCAUUUUUAUUUCUUCGACGUCGAAGGCGUGCUGCCGUGCGCCCAGGCUUCGGCGAGCGAUUUUGUCGAAUUUUCGAAUUACGUGGCGCGGGACAGGAAAUACUCGCGUCACUGCGGACAGCUUCAAGAAUACGACGUCGACAGCGACAGCAAAUUUUUCCGGGUCACUUUCAAAAGUAACGGAAGACUAGACGGCACCGGUUUCAACGCCAGUUUCGUUUUUUACGACGAAGAAGACAAUUUCACGGUAAAAACACCGCAGAGCGCCGCCUCGACGUGUACAGGUCCCUGUAUGCCGCUGGUAUUAAUUCUACUAGUUUUCGGAAGUUAUCUCCGAGGCUGAAAUUCAUCCCCUAGGUUUACCUGGCUAGCUGAGACAACGGAUUGCAAUAACUUUCGUGAUAUGAUAUAAGCCACACGGUAUAUUUUUCGCGUGAUCUACGGAGUCCUCGCACCUGCAGCUGGUUUCAGGGGAGCAUCUUCAUCUUCGUCGUCGUAGUAAAGAGCUAAAGAAAAAAAUAGAAAGAAGCGACGAUGUCUCUGGCCUAUUAUUAUUUCAUUGUCGCAAGAAUUACAACGAAUAACAAUUUACGGAACAACAAACGGGGAGAGAGAAGAUACACGGUGGAAGAAAGUGCAGACGUUGUAAGGUUGGUGUUCUAUUAAUUUAUCUAGAAGAUGAAUAAAUGAAUGAAUAAACAAAUGAGUUAAUAAAUAAAUACUUUAAUAAACGAAUGAAUAAAUAAUGACGUAAUAGAUCGAAUAAACCAAUUGACUCUAAUCGAAUCAGACCCACGUUGAGAAUAACGUUUAUAUAUAAUAAAAAUUUGAACUGAAUGAUACAUUGAGUUGGUAUCGGUAAUUAUAUUAUAUUCGUAAUUAACAUAUAGGAAUCUUAUAUGAUAUCAAUAUUAUAUAGAUAGCGGAAUUGAUAAGUGCAGUUCGUUAAAGAUUGUGUGUGCUCAAAAAUUGAAGAAACAGGGAGAGAACAAAAAAAAGUUGAAUAACUAACUACUAACGGAUUGAAACGAUAUACCAGAGACAAUCAUUUUCAUUGUUUUUCUAGGUUUUAAUAUAAAACAAAAACAAAAAAAAAUAAUAAUAAUAUGAAAAAACUGAAAGAAAGGGUCAUCGCACGUUAUGAUUUCAUGCCAUUUUAACAAACCUUAGCUAAAUGUAUACAUGUAACACACUUCUGUCAACUACAAAUUUUAGAAAAACUUCGAAAGCCGAUUUGAAAUUAAAUUUUUCACAUUUCCAAUCUUUCGGCGGUCGGUCAGAAUUACUGUAACUAUGUAUAUCGAAAAAAAAAAAACGUUAGAGAAAAUUUUUGGUUAACAAUCACGAGUCUGAAAGCUGAGUGAAUGUCAAACGAUUAUUAUUUAACAUGUGAAAAACUAAAGCAGAUCCGCGAAACCUUAUUUGAAUCGCGACGAAGUAUGUAUACUAUAAUACCCUAUGAUUAUUUCGUAGCGGUGCAGUUAUAAAAUGAAUUGUGCAUGGUUCCGAAUAUACCCGUGACUCGAUUGUGUAUUUUAUCUAUGUAUAUAUACGUCAAUGAAUCAUUGUAAUUACUCGAUCGAUCUGUAUAAAAAAAAAAAAAAAAAAAAGAAGAAAAAUGAAGAAAUUGAAAAACAAAACUAACAAAGUAUAAAAUAAUCUCCGAAAUUAACCUCAGAACCGUGUAAUUAUACCGUAAAUAUUCGAACGUAUUCAUAUAGGUACUAUUAUGUGAUUGUUAUUUCAAUUUUUCUAUCAUUUCUUCUAUACCAUCGAUAGGAUUGUAAUAAUUAUUACUACGUCACGUUUAAUUUAAUUGGAAUUGAACGUUGGAAUAUUUUGUGAAUACUUCGGGAAUAUAGAUUUAUAAUUCGUUGAUACGACUAAUAUGAUAUAAUUCGUCGAUGAUUGUACUUUUAUUGUACAAUUAUGAAUUAUUUGUAAAAUGGUGCGGACGACACAUUGUAUAUGUUAUAUAUAAUAUAUCUAUAUAAAUAUAUACAUACUACGGACAUAUACCACAAUUUGUGCAGGUACGAAUGAUAUGGUAUUUAUACAUAACGUAAAAAAAAUAAAUUAUAAAUAUAUUCGUGUUGACCAGUGAUCUGCUGACUGUUUAAUGCUAUUUAUAUAUUAAUGAUAAUAGUAAUAAUGAUAAUGUUAACAAUAAUAAUAGUAAUAAAAGUAACAAAUAAAUAAAAUACUAUUAAUCGGUAAGUUAUAUACCUAAAAUAAAUAACUGAUUAAAAGAAAACUGUAUUAUUAUAUCAAGUUGUAAAUACUAUUAUAUAUAUACAUAUAUAUAUAUGAAUAUACUAAAAAUACCAUUGCAAUUUACUGAAAAAAAAAUAGACGUACCGUGUACCGAAUGUUAUACAUUAUAGAAAUGUAUAAGCCGCCAGUGGUCGAACCAAUCCAAAAAAUGUGCGGGAUGGUUUUCCGGAUUAAUUAUUAUCGCGAUCGAAUAUUGAAGACAUUUCUAUCACAGCUAGCAAAAUAAAUAGGGUACUUUUCUAAGCGUAUUCAAUUAAUCCUUCGCUCUCCAUAUCAGGAUAUACGCGAUAUGAAAAAAAUAAAUGAGAAGCUGACAAAAAAAAAAGAGAACAAAUUAAUGAAACAAUUCGCCAUAAUUAUCAUUCCCUCGCGUGUUGCGAAAUUUUCUGGGAACGAAAUUUCGCCUCAAUUAAAGCAAAUAUAACAAGCAAGAAAAGUUUAUGAUCAUAAGUCACAGCUUCUUCCAUCAUCUUCCAUCGCUAACUUGUAACAAUUGAAUACCAAAAAGUUUUGGAGUAAUAAUUCUAUACGUAAAAAACUUUACUUCCUUGCUUUGGCACACCGCCUUCCUUGAUUGGAUUAAUUUUUGUCAGAGUUUGAAAUCUGAAUCAAUUAGAAAAUUGGCAGUAAAAAUGAAAAUCAGUUUUUCACUGUUCUUUUAUGUUCCCGAAACUCUAACGUGCGGUACACGAAUGAGUUGAAUCAGAUUCCAAACACCAAUAAAAAUUGAGUGGAGAACAUAUAAUCAAAAUGGGAAAAUUGAGUGUCGUCUAUUUUACAACGUGGUUACGGCUAAAAGAAGAUCUUGACAACCAUCUCUGUCUGAAUCGUAAGUUUAUUUGAACCAAACUGACCACUGGCUGUCGAUAGAAAAAAAAACAACUCUCGCACUAACUUUUUCUGUACCUACCUGCAACGCGAAAGAAAGAAGAAAUGCAAACGAAGACGAUGAGUUAAAGAAAUUCUGCAAAAUAAUUGUAUUGAUAUGAUUAAAAUUUUCAACUGAUGUCCAUUAAUAAUCCUCUGUAAAAUAUUUAUUCACACUUAGAUAACACGUUAUUAUUUUCGUUUCAAUCAUAUCUACGUUGUAAGUGGAAAAAGUAUGACAGAAUUAUAGGAUGUCCCAGGCAUUGAAGUCUCCGUCGAUCGGUCGAUAUUAUCGACGUCUGUUUCUGAAUGCCGAAGUUCAAAGCGUCGAACCAUGUGAGUAACUUGAUACAAUUACGCAAUUUUACCCAACCUGUAUAUUAUACUUCCAAGAUUAUAGAAUUAAAGUAUAUUAAUUAACUGAUUAUAUUUAAUUGAUGCUCUUUGAGUUUCUGUAUGCAACUAUAGCCCAAUUACAUGUAACUAUAACCUGUGGUAUCCGCUUACGUUAAGUAUACGGAAGGUGUAUUUUCUUAUUGAGUUUUGAAAAAGGCUCUUGCCUAACUGUCAUAUGAAUAUGGAAAACAAAAAAAUUAAAUUAAAAAAAAAAAAAAAAUAAAAAGAAACUAAUAAGUCACAUCAAAAUGUAAUUUCACUCACCAACACAAAAUUAAUAAAUCAUGAUAGAUAU